UGAACAUUGGAUGCUUUAUAAUUCGUUUCUUGGUUCCUCUCUAGACCGAGUGGUAGAUACCUAGACGACAUGUGAAAGUUGCACCACACGGCUUAUCCGCCCACACACUGCCCCACCAAGGUCUUUCCCUGCACUUCCCUGCACUUUCCCUGGCAGCCUUUGCUUGGAGCAAUCUAGACCGCGAAAGUACCGACAAGUAGAUCACUCCCCGUCAUUUAGAUCAGACGGGCACCACGAACUGCGCAGUACGUUGUACACUGGAUAUAGUCUACUCAGUGUAGUAGUACAGCCCAGAUUGCACACCCACCAUGUCCAGCAACGGGGCCGAUUCCCCUCGGCCAUUGCCACCUCAUCGGCCAAGGCACCAGAUAACCCGCUCCAUUAGCGAACUAUCCUCACCAAUCCGGCUGCAUCGACACGAGCACUCCAGUCUUCUACGCAGGGAGCGCGAACGCGAAUGCGACGAUCGAAUCCUCACCCCGCACUCUACGUCGUCAACGUUACUUGCCAUGGAAUCGCGAGCCGGCUCCAAGUCCGAAGGCGUGACGCCCAACCUUAGUCCGAAUCCGAGCAGGAGGCCUAGUAUCCUAGCUGCCUCGGGCGAUGACUCUGGCCCCGUGGCUGGGCCUGGGUACACCGUUGCGCGGACACUGCCUAGGGAGGAACAACUUCGACAGCAGCGGCAGAAAGCAGCUGCGAGAGUAACGUUCGAGGCCCCUACCCUGAAUGAUUGGACGCAAGUUCGGAAACUAAAAAUGGUGCUCUACAGCGGUCUGAAAAGCUCCCUUGCCGACCUCAGUACCUUCUCCAACACCACCACUCGAAGACUCGAUGAUACGUAUUACUCCGUUCUCGAGAAGCUAGGCAUGUUGCAGAGCAUGGUCAUCGCCCUCAAGGAGCUCGCCAGCACGUCGCAGGAGACCAACGCCAACUUCAAGAAGGAGACGGAGGAGCUCGUCAGCGAGGUCUGCUCACAACUCGACUCGUUUGGCCAGUUCGAGGACCAGGAGGAGCGCAUCGAGUCGCUGAAGAGCCGCGUACACGCCGGGAGGGAGAAGAUCGAGGCCCUCAGUAACCGGGUCGACUCGGUGCGGGAGAGGAUCGAGGGCUGGGAGCGGGCCGAUGGGGAGUGGCAGGAGAGGACGAGGCGGCGGCUCAAGGCGAUCUGGGUCGUCACCUCGGCCAUCGCCUUCAUCCUGGUCCUCAUCCUCAUCAGCGCGCAGUACGUGCCGACGAGUAUCGAGGAAGCGACGGUCCGGGUCGCGAACGAGAGCCUGAAUUACAUCCGGCAUGCGAGUCCGGGCAACGGCACUCAGCACGGCACACCCGGAGGGGAUGGCCGAGAUUUGCUGGGUUCGCCGUCGAAAGGAGCAACGGAGGACCACUUGCUGCCUCCUGAUGACAGGCUGAGGAUCUUUGACGAGUUAUGAAGCGCUGCUGGCGACGCACAGUACUCGCACAAUAAGGCGUUGGAGUCUGAUUACACCUGUGUUCCGUGCAAGGCACUAUACUUUUUGAUACCCGAACAACAUGGCAGGCAUUUCCUACCCUUGGAGGGCCCGCAGGGCUGUCUCGCGCCUCGGUUGAUUGUUCUGCACCAACCUGCCUACCUAACCUAUCUAAUCCAUCCAUUGACCUUCUGUAGGGCCUGAUUGAAAGUUGGCAAUGCAGAGUUACCAUCCACAGUCAGCACUAAUGUGAGUCUUCAAGGAGAUUCUCA